GGUGAGGGGGGGGUGUUCUUCAUGUACCUGCUACCUUUUGCUCUCUCCCUCCUCAGGUCGCCAGUGAGAUGUCUUGCCGCAGAGGGCACUGCCCACAGUGAAGAGGUGCCUGGUGAACGAUGGCCAAGCGGCUUCUGGUGGCUAUCGCCCUCUGGGCCCUGGGAGGCCCUGCUGGGCUUCAUCAUCUCUACCUGGGCCGGGAUAACCAUGCCCUAUUGUGGAUGCUGACUUUGGGGGGGUUUGGGAUGGGGUGGCUCUGGGAGCUGUGGCUGCUGCCGGGUUGGGUGGCGCAGGCCAAUCGCACCUUGGAACUGCCCAGAGAUGGACCUCCACCUUUCAGCCCUGUGCGCUUCCUUGGCCAAGCCUCAGUAGGCAUCUACUUUGGUUUGGUGGCCCUGAUGGGCCUCUCAGCCCUCCCGGGUUUUUACUUCCUGGCUCUCCCCCUGGCGGUGGGACUCGGAGUUCACCUGGUGUCCGCAGUGGGUGACCAAUCCUCCGAUCUCCAAGCUACUUUAAAGGCGGCCUUCAUAACUGCACCAAUCUUCUAUGGCCGCUCUCUGGCCAUCUUCCCCAUCACUCUCACGACUAGUGUCACAGCCCAGCGGCACCGGUGCUAUAAAUCCAGCAAGCGCACCAGGGAGAAGCUUGGUGCCCGACUGUACCGACUGGGCCUAGCCUACCUUGCUUUCACUACACCUUUGGCAUACUCUGUCUUCUACAACACAGCGGCCACUGCCAGCUACGUAGCCGGCACUAUUAGAUCCACACUGGAUUGGCUCAGUGUGUUCCCAUCCCUGAGCAGCGCGCUGGAAUCUGUGCUCCUCCUACCCUACCAUGCUUGGAAGAUGCUGGGCUUCAGCGGUGGCUCCUUCCAGGAGUGGGAGCAAGUUUUUGCCUUCGUGCACUCGGUCCAGAACGAGAGGCAGCGGAUGGCAUUGAAGGUCGCCCUGCUUUGCGGGAAAGAGGCCCUCACCCGUUCCGCGCAGGCCCUCCGCCCCCCCCCCCACAAACCAGCUCCGCUCCGCCGCCCCCCUCGACUGGCCUGCCUCGAUAGCCCACCCCCUCCUUUCCGCCGAAACGCCCCAUUCGCUCGCCUCAGCCCUGCCUCCCCUUUCCCUCCUCGACCCCAAUUAAGCGGCAGCGCCGGGAGCCCCGUCCUACCCGACGACGACCCCAGCCGCUGUCUCCACAACCGCCGCCCCCCCCCCGCCCCCUUUACCGUCAGGCCGCCGCGCCGCCGCCAAACACCGGGAAAGCGAGCCCCGCCCACCAGCGAAGAGACAGAGAACGGGAGCGAGCAAGCGAACGGUGCCGCGAGCCCCAAGCAGCCAAUUGGGGCCGCGGGAGCCUUCCUCCCUUCAGCCAAUGCUUAA